AUAAUAGUGUCAGUGGAUGUGUCCGCCAUCCAUCCCCAUUAUCAAUUUCGGAAUACGUGGAUCUUCAUAUAUCGGUUACCCGGGUACCAUCCGGAUAAUUAUCCUCAUAAAGUGUGUGAUUCAACGGAACUGGUCAAUUCCGGUGGAGGAAAAAGAGAGAAAGAGAAAAAGAGAGAGAAAGAUCAAAGCAUGAGAUGACUAGUUCGCGCGGAUGUGGGUGGGUUCCCCAAUGAAAUUUAUACGAAUAAUAAUAAAUAAAUCGGAGCAAGAUAAAUUCAUAAUUGAUGUGAGAUUACUUUGCAAGUUUGUUAAUGCAACAAAAAGUAAGAGGUAAUUUUAAAUAUAUGUAUGUAUAUGCGUUAUAUAUUUUACUGAACUGACUCGGGUCAUAACUUAAGUAUUUAUGACGUUUGUGAAUUAUUGAAUUGUUUAAACUUUAUAUUAAAGCCGGAUAAAAAAAUCAGAUAAAUAAUUUGUGAUUUGAAAAAAUAUCUGGUGGUUUGGGGGCGUAUUUUGGUUUAAAAAAAUGGCAUCAUUGUCACUUCCUAGAGUACUGCAACAAAGAAAAACAAGUUUGGAUCUUGAACGUGAGCACUUUGAAAAAUUUCAGAUUAUCCACUUGGCCUAAAUAAGUCAAUAAACACAAUAACUUUAACUAAAAAAAAAACAAAAGGUUUUGCGAGCAGACUAACAGCCACUGACGUAAUAAAAUCUAUUCGAUAAUUAGUCUGAAUGCGAGAUUUACUUUUCGACAAUUAUCCUAAAAAUCCUCUUCAUAUUCAUUAACAAUGUCGCCAAUAUCUCCAGUAUCAACUAAACAAUUGCAGCAUCAGAGUAUCAGCAUCAGCAAAGCUGUCAACCCAACAGAGACUCCAGUAAAAGAAAAACAUGUCCGGAGCGCUAUUAUUGGUACAUAUCAAGAAAAAAGUGGAGCAAUCUUCUGGAUGUUUAUUUUGCGACAGCCAUUGCAAGAAAAUCGCAUUGUCGCUUGGAAGUUUUGUCAUGUUCUACACAAAGUACUACGAGAAGGUCAUCCGCGAGUUAUUGCUGACUCACAGAGACACAGAGGCAAGCUCGAAGAUCUUGGAAAAAUGUGGCAACACUUGAGAGAAGGAUAUGGGAGAUUAAUUCAUUUGUAUAUUCGCUUACUCAUAACGAAAUUAGAUUUUCAUAAUCGUAAUCCCGGGCUGCCGGGUAAUCUUCAAGUUACUAAUGAGGAAUUGGAGGCGAUCGGCGAAAAUGACAUUAAUAUUUAUUUUCAAAUGUCAGUAGAAAUGUUUGAUUACAUGGACGACAUUUUAAAUUUACAAAGAGCAGUCUUUGGAUCACUGGAUUUAUCAAGAUCCAAUUCAAUGACUCCGUGUGGUCAGUGUCGACUGGCGCCUUUGAUACCGUGUAUUCAAGAUGCGUCCCAACUUUACGACUACUGCGUAAAAAUUUUAUUCAAACUCCACGGCGCGCUACCCGCUGAUACAUUGAAAGGACAUCGUGACCGUUUUUCAAAACAGUUUCACGAUUUAAAAACAUUCUACAACACAAUAAAACACAUGCAGUACUUCAAACAUCUUAUAACCAUUCCUGGUUUACCUGAAAACCCGCCGAAUUUUUUAAUUCAGUCUGAGUUGAGGACAUACGUGACCCCAGUGGUUGUACUGCCUCAAGAAGAGUCAAUAGACAAUGAAUCGACGGUCGAUAGUCUUAUUGAUACUUCCGACACAAAUUCCAUGCCCGGAGAUCAAAUGGACGCCGCAAGAAAUGGCUCCGUUUCGCCGGAUGUUCUCGCCGAGAGGGACAGUUUGAUAGAUCAUUUGCACCAUGAAAAUGGGAGACAAAGAGAAGAACUGCAUCGUCUUUUAUCAGAACAUCAAAGAAUCGUCGGAGAAAUGAAACAUCAUAUCAGAGAACUUGAGUCGAUGGUCACGACAAAAGACAGCGAAGUAGAGCAGCAGAAACAAUUGUGUGAAGACUUGGGAAAACAGAGCGCUGACGCAAUACUUAAAGUCCGAGAACUCGAAGAUAAGAAUAAACUGAUUGACGACAAAUUCCAGAAACUAAAGGAAGUUUAUUCGAAAUUGAGAGAAGAACACAUUAAUUUAAUUCGUAAGAAAGCCGAAGUGGAUAAACAAUUGGGCGGAAUAAAAAUAUCUUUAGAACAGGCAGAAAGACGGACUCAAGAAGCUGAACAGCGGCUCCAAGAAAUUGACCAAGGUCAAGCGACAGCUGACCAAGAAGCUCAGAGAGUUGCGCAAGCCCGCUCCGAUUUGGAUGACGUCAGAAAACAAUUCGACGAAGUGAAAACUGAAAAUUUAGCUCUGGUAGCUAAGAUUGAUUUCAUAUCAUCGGAAAAAGCAGUCGCUGAAGGUGACCUCCAUGAUUUGUUGGCACAGAAAGAAGAAUUGGACCUGCGAAUAAAUCAGUUGGAGUCGGAAACGGAGAGAACUCGCGCCCAAGGAAAGAAAGAUCUUGAUGCCGCUCAGUAUGAAUUUAUUUUAAAUUGCAUCUCUUCUUCAGAAGCAAUCAUACAAAAUGCGUCGUCUGCGAUUGACAACCCAGCGAUUUCGGCGCUUACCUGCACUCCCGAUUACCUUGAAAGUUUAGUCAGUCCUACAGUCCAGUUACUGAGUGACCUAGAAAUUUCUUACAAAAAUUACGAAGCUGAUCCCAAAGAAGGCAAACAAUUAAUUCGCGUCUUAUCAAAUGUCGCUUAUAAUUUAGCUGUAUAUUUAAUUCACGCAAAAUCAACUUCCAAUACAUCAACAGACAUAUCGCUCGGUGAUAAAUUAUCUGACGAAUGCAAAGCACUCGUUACUCAGUCGUCCGCGAUGCUCGCGAGUAUGAAAGAAAAAUCCCCGGUUGUCUUUGAUAAAAUAAACGGAGUGAAGACGCAACUGAAUGCCAUAUCAGCGAUGGCGAAUACUCUGUCAAAAGCCCGAGGUAACGUUGAUGCGCUGGGUGACUUGGUGGAGAAUGAACUCCACAGUAUGGACAAAGCGAUCGAAGAAGCGGCGAACAAAAUGCAGGAAAUGCUCAACAAAUCUCGGGCUGAUGACUCGGGAUUAAAGCUCGAGGUGAAUGGGAAAAUUUUGGAUUCCUGUACGGAAUUGAUGAAAUGCAUCAGGACUCUGGUCAAAAAGUCGCGGCUGCUGCAAACGGAAAUAGUCGCGCAGGGUAAGGGGACAGCGUCGGCUAAGGAAUUUUACAAAAGAAACCACCAGUGGUCCGAAGGUCUGAUAUCUGCCGCCAAAGCGAUCGCGAUGGGAGCGAAUUUUUUGUUGGAAGCUGCUGAUAAAGUGGUGCUGGGUAAUGGGAAAUUCGAACAGCUGGUCGUGGCCUCACAGGGUAUCGCUGCGUCAACGGCGCAAUUAGUUGUGGCGAGCAGAGUGAAGGCUGACAAAAACAGCAGCAAUUUAGCUGGACUUUCCGAAGCUUCGAGAGAAGUCACGCGAGCUACUGGUAGUGUUGUAGCGACAGCUAAAGGUUGCGGCCAACUCGUUGAAGAAAAUGAUGACCUAGACAUGUCCGGACUAAGUCUCCAUCAGGCUAAAAGACUCGAAAUGGAAGCGCAGGUACGCGUUCUUGAGCUGGAACAGGCAUUGGAGACUGAAAGAUUACGACUAGCUGCGCUACGUCGUCAUCAUUAUCAGAUGGCCGGUGAAAAUGAACAGUGAAUAAUAAUAACUAAUAUUUAAUAUUUAAAUAACACUAAUAUAUAUGAGACGAAUGUUUAAUAAUUUUUUUAUUUACACUGACUUUUAUUAAUUAAUAUAACCAGCAUCGUCAUUCAUAAGUUGUAGCGACUAAAGAUUAUUAUACAAGAUUCAACUUAUUGCUCACGUCCAAAUAUUUAAAUAUUUAAAUUACCAUCAAGGAUAUUUAAACUGAGGGUCAACAAUAAUUCAAUUAUUUUUAAUGGGGUAGAGGUAUCAUUUUUGGCCACUUUACGACACCAAUAAUUUGAAUAAAUCGGUUUGUAAAAAAUAUUUUUAUCACGCUCUUACAUUGGAAACUUCUUCAUUAAUUUAAAUAAAGUAUUAAAUGUGCAAAAUUGGAGCAGGCCACAAACGCUACGUUCUCUAUAAGUUUUUUUUUAUUUACUGAGACUUUAUCAAGCAACUGGGUUUUAUAUUCUACCAUACGCAUGGUAAAAAUUUAAAUACUGACUAGAUGUCCGUAUUAAUAAGUACGGAAAAUUUGUGUCCUGUAUUCCUCGUGAUCAUGACGGGUGUCCACUAGGGUGGGCCGAAAAUCCGCUUUUUUUAAAUUUUCAUUAUUAAUACCAAAAAUAUUUUUCUUUGUACAAAAAAAAAAUUUUUCGGAAAACAAAAAAAAUUUUAGGUCGGUCUUAGACUCACCAAAUCCCGCUAAAUUUAGAAAUUUAAAAUUUUUUUUCCAACACAUUUUGAUCGGAAAUUUAAUUCUCUACAAAAAAGGUCUUUUGAUAAAAUUACGUAAAGAUGAUAGUUACUGAGAUAAUUGCAAUUUUGCUCUAAAAAAUGAAAUUUCUCAAGAUAUUAUUAAUUUUUCAGGGUAAAAAAAAAAUUUAAUCAUAAAAAUUUUAUAGGAAAUUCAAUUUUCUACAAAACAGACCUAAUAAAAAUUUAUUAAAAGUUGAUAGUUACAAAGAUAGUACCAAUUCUUGGUGAAAACCACUAAAUAACGAGAAAUGUGACUAUCUAAACAUAAAACUGCCAGUUUCUGAAUAACUAUAAAUUUCAAGUUUUUACUAGAAGACCAAUUUUGUACGAAAUUUGAUUUUCCAUGAAAUUUAUAUGAUAAAAUUUAUAUUUUACCCUGAAAAAGUGAUAAUAUCUUGAGAAAUUUCAUUUUUUAGAGCAAAAUUGCAAUUAUCUCAGUAACUAUCAACUUUAUGUAAUUUUAUUGUAGGCCGUUUUUUGUAGAGAAUUAAAUUUCCGAUCAAAAUAAGUUGGAAAAAAAAUUUUAAACAACUUCUAACUUUAGCGAGCCUAAGAUAUCGACCUAAAAUUUUUUUUGUUUUCCGAAAAUUUUUUUUUUUUUGUACAAAGAAAAAUAUUUUUGGUAUUAAUAAUGAAAAUUCAAAAAAAGCGGAUUUUCGGCCCACCCUAGUGUCCACCGUAAAUCUGGUUGUUUUGUCAACACUUUGGUGCCUUAUUGACAGAUCAAAAUUGAUAUCUUAUAGAUGUCAAAAAUCAAAGUGAGUUAAUUAUUGAUAAUUAAAAAAUUAUUGACGUUAAUUGGGAGUCAAAAAAAAAUCAUGGUA